AUGACGGAUAUCAUCAGGACCAACCCCGACGGCUACCAGGAGGUCAGGACCGGGUUAGGAUGGCGAAGGGUGCUCUCUCCAAACAGCACCGAAGCCACAUUCAGCCUUCCCGUCAUUGACAUUGGGGAUAUAGAUCAUCCUGAUCGAGAACGUCGAAGGUCCGUGGCCCGAGAGAUAUGCAAUGCUGCAGCCAAUGUGGGUUUUUUCUAUGUCAGCAACCAUGGCGUUCCAGAGAGGGUCAUCAAAUCCAUCUUCUCCGAGUCCAGACGCUUCUUCAAUGAACUCAGCCUUGAGGAGAAAAUGCAAUACGACACCGAGAAGCAUGAGCACUACUAUGGCUACUACCCUAUCAAUCUUGACCCCAGCCUUCCCGCGGGAGCAAAAUUAAAUGAAGGCAUUAACUAUGGAUACGAACCCUCGAUCGACCCUAGAGCUGUUACUUCAGAGAACAACGGCGACAACUGGUGGCCUUCGGAGAAGCGUCUUCCUGGCUACGUGAAGAAUGUCAAGGAGUACAUGUCUCAUGCGCUCGCGUUAAGCCGAGCUCUGCUUCGAAUGUUUGCACUCGGCCUCGAUCUAGAGGAGGGUUCCUUUGACUAUCUUGCUACUAAGCCAUACUCAAUUCUCAAGAUGGCACAUUAUCCUGGGGUGCUUUCUGGAUCAGAAGAACCAUCAUCAAUCCGUCCCCACACGGACUACGAACUCUUGACGAUCCUCCUACAGGACGACAUUCCCUCCCUCGAAGUCCUGUCCAAUACUGGGCGGUGGAUCCAAGCGAAACCCAUUCCAGGGACAUUUGUGGUCAACAUCGGAGAUUCCAUGGCGAUGCUCACCAAUGGCCUCUUCGUGUCCACUAUGCACAGAGUGCUCAACCAUUCAAAGCGAGAUCGGUAUUCGGUUCCAUUCUUUCUAGGGGCGAACCAGGAGGCCGAGCUGAAGGCUCUCGAGCAAUUCGUCACGCCUGAUCAGCCGCCAAAGUUUCAGCCCAUGACUUCAGGGGAAUACGUUCGUCGAUCUUUACAAGCAGUGUAUUCCAAACCCAACAUAGAGAUCAUCCGGGAGACAAUCGAGCUGCAGGGAUAAGAAUACGCUUACGCUCAAGUCAAAGGUCUCUUUAGGCCCUCUGGAAAAUACCCACUGUACGAAAUAGUCCCGCAUUGCUUUAUGUCGACUUCCACGCCCGAAGUCGCAAGCACGGAAGCG